AUGGUUUCACUAUUCUUUGAAAGGGGCCUUACAUGGCUUCCGUAUUUCAUCAUUGCCCUCUUUACUUGGUUCAUUCUCUCUUCUGUUUUCUCUUGGUAUCGUCUCCGACAUAUACCAGGUCCUAUCUUCGGUAAAUUCUCAUAUCUUUGGGUAGCUUACAUCACCAUCACCGGAACACAGCACGAUCACUUGGUCAACCUCAAUCGACGUCAUGGGCCCCUCGUCAGAGUUGGACCUAACGAGGUCCUCGUCGAUGACCCAGACUUGAUUCGAAAAGUCUCAAGUACUAAAAACACAUAUACCAAAGGAAACUGGUAUCACGGCGGCAAAUUCAAUCCUUAUCACGACCCCAUGUUCCAGAUAACAGACCCAGUUCAACACGAUCGGGUCAAGGCAAAGUUAUCUCCCGCUUACAGUGGACGCGACGCUCCCAAUCUCGAAGCCGUAGUCAACAGACAGGUCGGCAGUUUGAUUCGGCUAAUUAAGGAGAAAUACAUCUCUACCCAGGGAGAUUAUCGUCCGAUGGAGGGAACAAGAGUAACACGUCUUUUUGCACUCGAUGUCAUAUCGAAUCUGUCUCUUGGCCAAGAAUUCGGGUAUCUCAAAGCCGACUCUGACUUUCACGGGAUUGCCAAGGCGCUCAAUGAACAUUUGUUGGUCAUGACGCUCGCGACAGACAUUCCAUGGCUGAGGAACUUGAUCUUUUCGCCUAUGUUUCUGAAGCUGUUUGGACCGACUGAGAAUGAUACAAAGGGGAUUGGCCCGCUGAUGAAAGUGGCAAAUACUAUUGUUCGCGAGCGAUAUGCUCCCGAAGCCGAUGAGCAGCAUGAUAUGCUGGGCUCGUUUAAGAGACAUGGGUUACGACUGGAGGAGUGUCAGGCUGAAUCUCUAUUCAUGUUUGUGGCAGGAUCAGAAACCACUGCCACUGUUAUACGGGUAAUUCUGCUCUAUAUCGUUGCUUCACCUCACAUAUAUCGGCGCCUCAGACAAGAGAUCACGGAGGCGGUAUCUGAAGGUCGAGCUUCGAAUCCAAUCACAGACGUCGAGUCUCGGCAACUUCCUUAUCUUCAGGCAGUGAUCUAUGAAGGCAUCCGGAUUCGUCCAGCUACAACAGGCAUGUUCUUCAAAGACGUCCCAGCCGGCGGAGAAACAAUGCAUGGGAAGUAUAUCCCCCCUGGCACAUCCAUCGGCAUCAACGCUUCUUCCUUGCUACGCUCCGAAGCACUCUUCGGGCCGGACCCCCAAGUCUUCCGACCAGAGAGAUAUCUGGAAGUCGACAAGGAGACCAGUGCUCAGAUGAAGCGUGAUGUAGAGAUUGUGUUUGGAUAUGGGCGGUGGAUGUGCGCUGGAAAGCCCAUUGCGUUCAUGGAGCUGAACAAGGUUAUUUUCGAGCUUCUUCGGGUCUUUGAUUUUCAGCUUGUUGAGCCUGAAGUGGCGAUGAAGUCGGAGAGCUACAUGGUGUUCCAUGACCAAAAUCUGGUACUGAGGGUCACGGAGACAGGGCAUAAAUAG